GCCCUUUAAAGUCCCACUAAUUUAUAUGCAAAAAAAAGGUGCUUAAAGUCCAGACCAUCAAUCAGUCAAUCACAAAUAAACUUACAACCAACCAUGUUUCUACUAGCAUUGUUUCUUGCAGCCAUUUCUCUUCUCCACUUUCUUGCAACAAAAUCCUCAAAGAAUGGAGGGAAAUCGCGGUGGUUAGAUCCUCGGCCUCCAGGCCCAAAAGGGCUCCCCUUCCUUGGCAACCUCCACCAAUUCGAUCCCAUAAAAACUCACUUAUACUUCUUUAAACUUUCCAAAAUUUACGGCCCCUUAGUAUACUUGAAACUAGGCUUUGUACCAACAAUUGUAGUUUCUUCACCAAAAUUGGCCAAAGAAGUGCUAAAAACACAAGAUCAUGUGUUUUGUAGUAGGCCAACUUUUGUUGGCCAACAAAAAUUGUCGUACAAUGGUAUUGAUUUGGCUUUUUCACCCUAUAAUGAAUAUUGGAGGGAAAUGAGGAAAAUUUGUGUCGUCCAUCUCUUUAGUUCCAAGAGAGUACAAUCAUUUUCUUCAAUUCGAGAAGAGGAAGUUUGUCGAAUGAUGUCUAUCAUUUCUUCCCUCUCCUCGGAGUCUAAGCUCGUGGAUUUGAGUGAAUUGUUAAUGUCUCUGGCAAGCUCGAUAAUAUGUAGGAUUUGUUUUCACAAGGGAAAUAGAGAUGAUGAAAGAUCUAAUGAAUUUUCGACGAGUAGAUUCCAAGGCCUACUUCAUGAGACUCAAGCCAUGUUGACAGCCUUCUUCUUUUCGGAUUAUUUGCCUUACAUGGGUUGGGUUGACAAGAUAAAUGGAGCUUCAAGCAAACUUGAGAAAGUAUUUUGGGAGUUAGAUGAGUUUUGUCAAGAAAUUAUAAGUACGCGUCUUGACUCACAUAAACAAAAAUCAGAGCAACAACAGGAUAUUGUCGAUGUAUUACUUCAACUUCUCGAAGAACACAAGGUGCCAUUUGAUCUUACGUUGGAUCAUAUCAAAGCAUUACUUAUGAACAUAUUUGUGGCAGGAACAGAUACAAAUGCAGCCACUGUAGUUUGGACGAUGACAGAACUAAUGAAGAACCCACAUGUCAUGAAGAAAGUGCAAGAAGAGGUCAGAAAACUGAUUAAAGAGCAAGAAUGUAGAGCGACUUUCAUACAAGAAGACCAGCUUCAUCAUCUCAUUUAUCUGAAGGCGGUUGUUAAAGAAACAUUUAGACUACAUCCACCUAGUCCGCUCUUGGUUCCUAGACAAACUAUGCAAAAAUGCACCUUAGGAGGAUACCAAAUUGAUCAGGGAACUUUAGUUUUUGUCAAUGCUGUGGCUAUCGGAAGGGACCCUGAAAGCUGGGAUAACCCAGAAACUUUUCUUCCUGAAAGAUUUCUUGGAAGUCCUAAUCAUAUUGAUUACAAAGGACAAGAUUUUAAGCUAAUACCAUUUGGAGGAGGGCGAAGAGGUUGCCCUGGUAUGCUGCUAGGAGUUACUACAAUUGAACUAGCACUUGCGAAUUUGCUGUGUUUCUUUGACUGGGAAUUGCCUGCUUCAAUGAAGAAGGAAGAUAUUGGCAUGGAUACUUUACCUGGUAUCACUGCUCAUAAGAAAAAAGCCUUGUGUCUUAGUGCUACAAAUUUCAUUGGCCUGCAACAGAUGCUACAUCAAUAGCAUUGAAUUUUCAAUGUGUUGAAGAUUGCAUGAAGAUGUAUUACCAUGUUUGUUACUGUAAAGAUUGUGAGAAAUCUUAGUUCACUCCUAAGAUCACUAUACAUGAUGUGACAUUGUGACAACUAAAUCGGAGCAAUGGAAUAAAAAUAUCACAUGAUGUAUACACUCUUAUAUGCUUACAGUUCUCCGAUAGUUAGAAGUGUAAUUUGAAAUCCUUAGCUUGAGGUCCAUUAUAAUUUUCAGAACAUAUUAAUUGCCUGUAUCUUGUAUUAGUCACUUCAUCACUUGGCAAUUUAAGCGAGCUAGGAUUUAUCAUCAACAAACAGAGCAAUA